CUUGUUUAUCACUGGAUUCAAACAUUUCUGAUACAGAAUGGAAGCAGAAAACUCACGUAAAUUAAGACAAAAUUUAUCUACAGUGGAAAAGGCAGUUGUCCGUUAUUCCUACAGUGCUGAUAAUGAGGACGAAUUAAGUCUGAAGGAAAACGAUGUCAUAGUGAUUCUGGACAAGGAACUGGAAGAUGCGGGGUGGUGGAAAGGAGAACUUAACGGCAAGAUUGGUGUUUUUCCUGACAACUUUGUAGAACUCAUUCCAUCAGAGGAGCAGGGAAUAGACAAAUUCUCUAGGCCAGUGGCUAGCCCCAAAAUACCACCACAAGGGUCGCAAAGAGCUUCUAGUUACAAGCCUAAACCCAAGAAGCCUCCUCCCCCCUCUGCGGUGCUGAAUCAACAGAAGACAAAAUCACUGGAGAAAGACAAGUCACUGGACCUGAAACAGUCACCUGUCCUGGACCAUGUGGCAGAUAAAUUCAUCAGAAAAAAAGAACCAGAGCCAGAGAAGCCAGGUCCUCCACUCUUGCCAGGAAAAAAGCCAGUGUUGCCUCCCCCUGUGGGGAAAAAGCCGACCAAGCCUGACCCUCCACGACCCACAUCAAAUGGGAAACCUUUUGUGGUGGGAGGGAACAAGGAGGAACCAGCCAGUCACAAAGACACUCACAAAGAUAUACCUCAUUCUGAAUCUCACUUUGAUGGGAUGGAACCCACCUCAGAUAAAUUGGUCCAUUUAACAGCUAACAGACCUCGUGGACCAUCAAAGAGGCCACCAUCACAAGUAAUAUUUAAUAACGAGGAAGAAAGAAAUGGUGACAUUGAGAUCCAUACUCACAAACAUCCCCCACCUGUUAAAGAAAUUAGUGAGGAACCAGGGGUACAGUUGCCAGCUAAAGAGAGACAUCAUCACCAUCAGGCUCUUCCUACCAGGCCCCCAGAGCCAGCCAGACCCCCAGAGGCCAGUGUUGCUUCAUCAGGAUUGUUAGCGAUGGUUGAGGAACUUAAAAAAGAAAUCAGGGAACUUAGAACCAAUAGUGUUACAAAAGCAGCAUAUGAUGAACUCAAGACCGAAAAUGAUACACUCAGACAAGACUUUGAAACCUUUAAGACUUCCUGUUUACGUAAAAUUAAAGACUUAAUUAAUGAAGUGGAUGAAGAGAAGAAGAUUCGUCUCAGUACAGAAGUGGAAAUGAAGCGGAUUAAGAAGCUCGUUAACGAUGAAUCCCAUGUGUAGAUGCCACCUAUCUUGUUUUCAGAACUGUGAUUCAAGGACAGUAACUCUGUCUUUGGAAAGCAAAAUAAUAUUUUCCUGGGAUGUGAUGGAGUUGUCAGUCUUAGACAGGUUCAAGCAAAAGUCCGUGGAAUUUCUUUUCUCUUUUUUACCCUGGCACCUGGAUAUUAAUAAAUAAUGCUUUGAGGAAUAAAUAAGAACUUAUCAUUCUUUUUAUGUGCUUCCAUGUUAUUAUAAACUCAGUGCUAUAUCUGAAUUUCUUUUGAAUCUCACUGGAAAUUAUUGUGAUCUGUUUUUGAAUUAUGUUAAUUUUUUUUUUUAGUCAAGGAGAAAUGGCACAUGUUGAAUUGUUGUUCUGUGGUCAGAUACAGUAGUUGGCCAGUUUAAAAGGUCAAAGUUCAGGAGGUCACUGUAAUAAAGACCAUGUAGUGCUAGCACCUGUUAUAUUGCUUCACUUUGUGAAUUUCUCUUCUAUGUUGGUGAAUGUUUCAAGUUGGACUGAAUGGGUUGUGUUUACUUUUUAAUGAUAAAGAAAAUUAGUCCUUUAAUUAUUACAGAUUAUAUAUUAUUAUUUCACUAUUUGAUAGCUGUAAAAUAGUGGGAAAAAACUUUAUUCAAAAAGGAUAUUUUUUUGUCCGUAAUAUUAUGAUUAUUUAUGAUAUGUAUCAUACGAGUAGAUUUUAGUGAGUUCACUUUUUACAGAACCUAUGUAUACCUAAUGCCCAUUAAAAAAUUAUUGGACCCAUCUUUUCAUGUUUCAUACGGGGUUUGAAUGAGACUGUGUUCUUAUGAUAGGGCAUUUUCCUGCUGUAGAUCCUAGCUAUAUUCCUCAAUAAGACUUUUUCAUAUUUUAAUGCAUUUAUGUAAUGUUACAGAAGUUUUCAAUGUAAAAGUGCUUGAGAGAGAUAAUGAAUGAUUAUCAUGUCUUUUGUAAAUGUAAGUACAUUAAUUAUAUAAAAAAAAGAUCAAUAAGGUAUACUGGAAAUUGAGAGCCUCUCAGUUUGCAUUAGAAAUGUAAACUAGUUCCCCAGUCCAUUCCAGAAAUCUGGUUCAAUAAUUACAGUAUCCGUGACUAUAUAUUACUGUCACUAGGGUAGGGCUAUUCAUUACAGAAGUAAAUCCAUUGAAGUGUCUACGCAUACAUAUCAAGUGCUUUGUUUAGAAAUUUGAGCUUCAUGAUAAGCUGAAUUAAAAAGUUUUGUAUCUUAUUGUAGCCACAGUAAAUACAUGUAAUUGGAAAUAGAAUAAUUGGGAUUUCAUAGAAUAAUUGGGAUUUUAUUUUUAUCAUUCCAAAAUAUAUUAAAGUAUCGUCAGGUUUUAAUUGUAAAGUUAAGAGGUGUGGCAACUAUAUUUGUACAAUACAUUGUUAAUGUAAACAUUUGCUUAAGCAAAGAUGAAAGAUUUACUACUGUUUUUCAAGUACACAACAUGACUUUAAGCAUCUGAAUAUUUACAUAAACUGAUUGUUAAAUCUUCAAAGUUUAAUUUGAAAUUAUAAAGGUGCAGAUUUUAUGAUUCUAGUGCAAGUUAUACUGUUUGUUUUUAAAUUUAUUUAGAAUUGGAAGUUGACCUGUUUUUUGGGUCAAUCGAGUGACAUUGUAGAAUGUAUGAUUUAGUGGAAUAUUUUUUUUGUCUGUUAAAUAUCAUGAAUUACAGAUCUAAAACAUUUUUCUCCACUGGUACACUCUGUGUUAUAACAUUAUAAUGCUUCAAAAUGAACAACUGAUUUAGCCAACUUUCCCAACUGAGGCCAACUUUAAAAUAAUGUUUGUUUGCCCUCUCCUGACUCAGGAUGAAAAUUUUGGGUCGAUAGGUAGGUAUGAAAUUUUUUUCUUCAUAGAAAAAUUCAUAUCAAUGCUGAAUUUUCGAAAUCUGUUUUCAGGAAUGCAUAAAAAAAAUUAUUUCAUGGAGAUUAAAAAAAAGUUUUGAGUCGGGCCAUUUGUAGCCAGUCAGCCGGGAGAGGGCAACCAAACAAUUUUUUGAAAAAUGGCCUGAUACAUGUAAUUCUGAGAAAGUGUGUAUGAUGAUGUGUUUACCAUCUGUGUAUAGGAAAAGCUCUACCUUUCAUUCACUGCCAUAUACUUUUAUUCCUUUAAAGGAUCAAAGUCCUCUUUAAAAACUUCCAUGCUAAGAAAUUAUUUUUCUUUUUGUUGAUUUUUGUAGUAUUGAGAAAAAAAUAUUACUUCAGUAUUUGAUUUGAUUUAGAACAGAUAUUAAGCAGAAGUCCCUAAAUCCAUUUUGUCCAGGAAAACUUUUAUUUUUUUGCAUACUUUCACUAGUCCUUACACAAAAACCAAGUGAUCAAGAAUAAUGACGGGUAGAAAUUCUUUUUACUAAUCUUACCAAGAAACGGGGAUAAUAUCUCAAGGUAUAGCCAGUAGAAUUGACAUGAAAAAUAUAGGUAAUUUACAAUAGUUCAUCCCGAAUUAUGCAAAUGACUUUGUUAAGAUAAAGUAGAUAUUGGAACCUUCUGAAUGUUUAUUCACUCAUAGAGUUAUAGUCUCCUUUACUUCAUAAAUGUUCUGGAUAAGUCAGUACUAGUUGAUAUGAGUCAGUUCACCACACAACAGGAGCAUCGACAUCCCAUAAAGACAUUCCAAACAGACGUGUUGUGAGGGGACAAUUGUGUACAGUAUAUAUAUAUAUAUGUAUUUAUUGUAAUUAAAUACCAAACAAACGAA